CACCGGUUCUCAUGUGCACCUCGUCAUGGUCACCCUACAUGUACUUUAAUAAGCUACCGGGUACGUACCUAUCUGACAUCAAACACAUUCCAACAACUGCUGUUUUGAUAAUUUGAAUCAUACAGGAAGGGGUUUUUUUUUCUAAUAAAGAUAACUAAGACAUGGGGAAAUCCAAAGCACCUGGAAGCGUGCCAAAUCGGCCAGUCUAUUCUCGAAUCUCAUAUUUAUAUCAAGCAGCAACAUAUCUAGCUAGCCAGCCUGAAGAUAUCACAAACGACACAGUAGCAACACAAGACAAGAAAACACUUUGCCCAAGUCAAUCUAAGCAUGGACUUUCACGUCGCUUUAUUACCGACCUUCGGUCUGCCUCGUUAAAGAGUCAAAUACGUCUUUCUCCAGCUAUGAAGCAUACUAUCUGCAAAUUCUGCGAUAGUCUACUUAUCGAAGGAGAGACCAGUAGCUCAUCAAUUGAGAACAAAAGCAAAGGCGGUAAAAAGCCAUGGGCUGACGUUCUCGUUGUUAAGUGUCACGCCUGCAAAGGAGUCAAGCGUUUCCCCGUCCAAGCACCCCGGCAAAAACGGCGACCAAUUCGUGAAGCAGACUCGAAGAAGGAAACGGAUCGGAGUUUAGAGGCCGAUAAUGCAAUAGGAUGUUCUUGAGCAGUAGCACAACCCCGUGCUUUAUCUCUCUGCAAGAUGGACCUAUAAUUAACUACCUGUCAAUUCAGCCCAUAUUACAAUAAGCGAGCCCUUCUGGCUGAUUCAAAUACUAGAAGAACGCUUCUAGAGGAGGUAUUUAGAUAUUAAAGCGAAGAACCGAUGGUUUUAGAAAUACAUACAGGGACAGUCGUUAGCACCGUGGUCCGCAGUUCCUUUUGUAUCAGAAUCCUACAUGAUAA